AUGUCUGGUAUUCUCUCGUAUAUUCCAGGUGCGAGCCUGCUCGUGGGCAGGCCCAUGGCCAAGGCCAUUGUUUUGCCAUCCGUGGAAAUCCAUCACAUUGAAACUCAUGCCGACAGGCGGGCUCGCUGUCUUAAGUACCUAUUGAAGGCGAAUCAUGCAAACUAUGCCAUACUUUGGAAUGACCUCCGGUUUGACAAUCACAAUGUUCACAUCCUCAGCUCGGCGUAUCUGCUCGGGGCAAAUGAAAACCAGCUGCAUGACAUUUACAAUAACGAGAUCAAAGACCUGGUGCCCUGGGAGCCGUCCCCUUCUGAGGUGAUUGAUGAGGACUGGAGAGACUUCCUUGGGGACAAAGAGUAUCAACGGGCCUUUGUGGAUUAUUAUGAGGAUAAGCUUGCCAUGGAAUUUGCGUACGAUUGGAAGCAGGAAUUGCAGCAUUUUCUGUUCAGUGGCGAAGAGCCGCUGUUUCAUGGCUUGAUAGGCGGCCGUAGGAAUUCCUUUAAGCGCCUUUUGCUUGGCCAUCCGCUCAUUCACCUUGGCUAUGCAUAUGAGGUGGACAGCAAAGAGGUUGCCAUGGAGGCGCUUGCCCUCACCUCUGUCCAAUACAACUUUUUCCACAAGUAUCUCGACAAUGGCUCGUAUACGAAGCCAUCUCCGCUGAAGUCGCGGUCGCCACUGGAUCUCCUGAUCCAGAUGUCCAAGGAUAAUCGUUUCGGCAAAGUGCCAGAAGAUCUUCCACUUAGCGACAUGGAAGCGUUUCUCGACAAGAACGAGUCCCUCCUCCUGGAGUAUUGGAACGGAUGGGAUAUUGACGACGACCCUAAGAAACAAUUCGAACUGUCCCAAGAGGCAGCCGUUGCGUUGCUCGUGGCUACCGUCAAGCCGGGAACCCACGCAUAUGACUUCUUCUUCGUCCACCUGCUAACCACUAGCCAUGCUGUACGGAUUCUUCUUCCAUUCCUGCCACCAAAACAUCACGUUACUCUCGUCAGAGAGUGGUGGCUAUUCGUGUUGGCCGUAUUCAUCAUCAAGGGCCGGCCAUUGCCAGAUCCUGACAGCGUCGAGAGUGACCUGAAGGGAAAGAACUGGAAAUACGUAGAAGACAAAGCAUUGAAUUCGGCAUGGUCAAAGGACGCACACUUUGUUAAAGCAAUACGAGCCAUAAGAGAGGCUGCUCGGACAUGGGGCGAUGUUCACGAGCGCUAUCUUCGAGCUGCGGUGACUUUUGUUGACAAUUUCCACGGCUGGGUUCAUUAG